CACGCCAUCGGAACCUCCGCCAGCUGCGCACGCUCACACGCAGUCACAUCAAGCUUCUUUUUUUUUUAUCCCGCUCUCCACUUAUUUAUUUCAUUCAUCCUUAUAUAAUGCUACGCGUCGACUUAAAGCGCACACAGUGAAGACGGCGUCCAUACAUCAGCUGCUCAUGUCCUCCCUGACAGACUUGAAGUGACAGUGCUGACCUGGAUAAGUGCUGAGCCUGCGUCCAACACAGAGGGAGGCCUCACAAGAGACGGCUGGGUUUCGCAGCUUCCCGGCAUUCUGCAGCAUCUCACCAAGCAUGGCGGACCCCGGCCUCACGUCACCCCCAGAGACUCCUCUCCGAUCCCCGGACGCCCCGCUCACCGUGUCCUUUCCCUUCCUGAGGGAGGGGAGUCGGGUGUGGGAGGGAAGAGGGGAGCAGGCGCUGCCCAGGGAGCUCCCCAGCCCGCUGCCAACCAAACGCACUCGCACCUAUUCAGCCACGGUCCGAGCUCACUCAGGUCCGGUGUUCAAGGGCGUUUGUAAGAACUUCUCCAGGUCACAGGGACACGGGUUUAUCCGGCCCAGCCACGGUGGCGAAGACAUCUUUGUUCACAUCUCAGACAUCGACGGGGAGUAUGUCCCAGUUGAAGGCGACGAGGUCACAUACAAGGUGUGCAGAGUCCCUCCCAAGAACCUGAAGGUGCAAGCGGUGGAGGUGAAGAUCAUUCAUCUGAACCCAGGCACAAAACACGAGACCUGGUCCGGCCAGAUCAUCAGUUCUUAGGUCGGAGCUCCGCCAGCUUGGACGCGGGCCACAGGUGAUGGGGAUGUCGUGGGACUGAAAACGUACAUCAUGCGCAUGUUGUGUUCUUUUACGUUACAGUUUUACCCAGCCAGCAUUGACGUCGCCACUUGACUUUGAUGAUACUGAGCAUGAAAGUGUUAAGUGGCGAAGGAAGCAAGAGCAGUGCUUCCUUUCAGAAGAUACUUAAGGUAGCAAAUAUGGCUCCAGGUGCCAUUAUGGUGGAUUUCCUCAUGUCCAAGGUACCACAUGUUUUUUUUCCUGUUAUUUGAUGUACAGUGGAACCUCCAAUGUCCAAUAGUUCAACAUGUCAUGCACUCCACAGAAGGGCAUGAGUGAUAACGAUAACCAUAGAACCAGAAAUGGAUGAUAACAUGAUAUAGGAAAUGGUUUAGCUGGAUAGUACAACAUUAGAAAUGCAAUUUCGGGUUGUUUGGUGGUUUGGGGUUUUCUCCAGGUACUCCGGCUUCAUCCAUGUUAGCUUCAUUAGAGGCUCUAAAUUGUCCAUAGGUAUGUGUGGAAGUGGUUAUAUACACAUACUGUACACAAACUACACCAACGUGGAAGUCAAGCGGAAAACAUUCUGUUGGACUUUGGAGGUUCCACCGUAUACUCUCUUUCUCAUACCUAAAGUAGCAAAUAAGGUACUUGCAGUUUUCCUUUGCACUACAGUUUUACACCCCUCACAUGGACUGUCCUUCUUAUUCAAAUUGUUGGUAUUGAACUCUGUACUCCAUUUUAUAAGUGUCGGUGCAAAUUUGAAUGCAAAAAAAAAGUCAAAGAAUGUUGAACAUUGAAAGGUAAAAAGUAGGUGACAUGAAACGGACUGCCGAGUUAAAAAUAAUCAGGGAAGGGAGAAUCUUUUGUUUACAGAAGGAGGACAUACACCAUGCACUCGUGGAAGGUUUUACUCUUUAAUGAUGAAGCACUGCUAGUAUUUUCUGGUAUUCUCUGGUACGUGUUCGUUCCUUUUGAUUAUUUCACUACUGACGUGUCGUCACAUCAAAAGCGAGGCAGCGCAGAUGAAAGCCGCCCUCGCAAAUGUUUGAUAACAUACAGUACUGUACGUGGAGCCACUGAUUCAAAUACUACUUGUGUGUGUUUUGUGUUUGUGUAAUAGUAAAAAGGACACCACUUUAUAGUUGCUUAUUGUCACUGACCUGUUGUUAGUGCUGUAGGUUUCAGGUUCUAGAUCAUUGACAUUGUCUUCUAUCUAACUGUACCGCCGCCUCUUCUUAGCACUACUGUUUCACUGCCUGAAAUGUCAAUAUGUCGGAUUUUAUUUCCGUCACCUGAAGGUAUUAUUUCCUUUAAUGGUGGCUUCUAAUGAGCCUUUAAACCAUUAAACCGUUUGAUGACUCAAGGUUUGUGUCUCUUGGUUAAAUUGUGAGACGGCUAUAUCAUAUUUAUGCAUGAAAAUAUAGUCACAGACACACAAAACAGAUCUUUAUGCCCCAUGUAUGUAGCAAUAUGACGCAAUGAAAUCCCACC